AAGCCGAAUUGAAAGCGCUUCAGUUUCUGUUUCAGUCGAGCGACGCAACUCGAACGCAACGGUACAUGAGCGGCGGUUGGCGAGCGAAUCCAGUGUCCCGUUAUCAACAACAACUCUCCAAACACCGAACUGCAGUUGAAUUAAACCACAAGUACUGCGUGUUUUUUUUUUCAAGUUCCAUUGAUACUACAUCAGUUACUCAAAAUUACGCAAAAGAAUUCGCGUAGUGCGAAAAUCGCCAAAAAUCAGCAGCCGCACUUUGAAGUUACGUCAAAAGGAGUCGCGAAAGAGGAAGAGCGAGCGAGGGAGAGAGAGAGGUGGCAAGAGAGCCGAAAGAAAACAACAACAAGGCAGAAGCACGCGAUAGGAUAGGAGUAACUGUAAAUCCGGCUUUGGCCAAAAGGGAGGGGGUGAUAAAGCGAACAGGAAGAGGAGCCAGAGGAGGCUUAUGUAAAGCGUGCUUUAAGCGUGCUAUGGAAGCAUGUCGUCCACUUCCAGCUCCGUGCUAACGUUGUCAUCGUUUAAUCUAUUAUUUUUCACCCAAGUGCUCACCGUACUCAGCUCGACGAUCAAGUACAACGAAUACGCGACGGACAAGGGCGGCAAUGUGAGCAUACCGUGCAUAGCCCAGGGAAAUAUAAUGUGGGUGAAGGAGCACGGCAGCAACAGCACGAUAGUUCAGACUGGCCGUGUUCUGGUGCUGCGAAAUGUGACCACCACGGAUGCGGGAAUCUACGUGUGCUUUGCGUCAGUGCCACGCCCAUCGACAACAGCGACAUCAGCAACUACCUCACCGCAAAAUCAGCAGGCGAAAGCAACGCAGCGACUGGAGGAUGAGGAUGAGGAUGGUGGCCAAGGGGAAACCGUAUCCCCCAAGGGUGAUGGCCAGCAGGCAGCCGAAAUGGAGGAGGAGGUGGAGUACCUCGCCCACCAGCGAACCAAGCUCAUUGUGCGCACCGUUCCUGGUCCAGUGUCGCAGCUAUACUUCAAGGCCUCCACCAUACUGGGCUUCCUCAUCUGGCGCUUCAAUAAGACCCAGUCCGGUGGCUAUCCGGUGCGCAGCUUCACGGCAGAGUAUCGCAACGUCUCCUACAAGACGCCGCCGGCGAAUGCCAGUUUCGAGCACGCCUGGAGCAGAAUGGAUCCGAUCAACAUAGCCUUUAAUGUGCGCCAAAUGGAGGUCUAUCGCCUGGCACCCAACACCACCUAUGAGUUUCGGAUAUGGGCCAACAACGAACUGGGCAGCGGCGAGGUGGUCACCACCAAUGUGACCACGCUGCCGGAGACCAAGGAGGAGGAUCUCAUACGCCUUAUAAAACCCGACCUAGACAAUUUCGAUCCACGCAUUUGGAUAGUGGCCGUCAGCAUAGUGCUCGGAACCCUUGUGAUAUUAGCGAUCGGACUCUGCAUUGUGCUCUCCAAGGAGUGCUAUCAGUCGGCGCAAAUGGAACUGCAAGAUGGUUGGGACAGCAUUGAGCUUAUACCGAACAUAAUACUUAAUCCCGGUUUCAGCGAGUCGGACGGCGGACCAGAGCCAAGUGGCCAAGGUCAUGGGGGUGGUGCUGGCGAUCAGGAUGCUGGGGAGGAUGACGACGACGAUGUGGCCAUGCCAUUUCCGCGCACCAUCAUCUUUGGCCAGCACCAUCGAACGCCUCCGCCGCCGCGCUUGCAUUUGCCACCGCAGCACCACCGCCAUCAAAACCAGAGCCACCACCACCAGUAUCAUCAGCAGCAGCACCAUCACCAACACCACCACCGGCGUCAGGACGACGAUGAUGACGACGACUACGAGGAGGAGCACGAGCCCACCAUGGAGCGGUUCAAGCGCAAAGUUUCCGUCUUCUUCACCGGACCCACCAUCAAGCGUAUUUGAGACGUGAUUGAGUACAAACACUAUUCACCUAGGUUGUUGCAUUGCGGCUUGAUCGGAUAGUUAGGAUCAUUGUACCACCACCACACCAUAUACAUAGAUAUAGACAGAGAGAGAGCUUAUCGAUCGAAAGUUAUGUACGUUUUCAUUUCGGUUUCCUUGUCCAAGCUUGAACUAUGAAAUAGCAAAAAAAAAAAAAACAAACAAACAAAAAACAAAAAAAAGGAAAAAACGCCACAAACCGCCAGAGAUUUUGGUUUAAAGCUCAUUGCAUUGCUUCUAUGCCCCGGAUCACAACUAUAUAGUAUAUAUACACGUAUUAUAAAUGUAAACCAAAACAAAUAUAUUGCUGUGAUACAAAUUCAAUUGAACGAACAUUGUAAGGAUUUACCAUAAAGCACACGAAACACCAAAACCCAGCUAUUAACCAUCAUGCAUUUGCUGAAGCUCGUAGCCAAAAAGCCCAUAUUAUAUUUGGUCUAGUUAACCACGCUAUCUGAGUUACACCCACUGGACUAUUCAGAUCCAGAUAUAGACGACAGAAUUUAGCGGACAAGUUAGCUUAGAGCCAUAAAAAUCUCAAAAAUAAAAAAGAGAUCUGUUACCGAGUACUAAUCAAAAUAAAUGUCCUUAUAGCUAGUCCGUUUGUCUGUUAACCCGAACUAAUGCUUUUCUGUACUAGGGUAACUGGUUUAUAGCUGGUUUAUUAAAAUGAAAUCUGUUUAACAAUUAGUCGAUUGUAACAGAUCUCUGAUAGUCCAGAUAGAUAUCGUUCCGGACUAUAUCGUUUCAACUUGUCCUUGUUAUGGUUUUGUUGUAAAGAUUUAACAAACUGUGAAACAAUUUUAUAAUUGAGCAAAUAUUUUGCACUGUAGAGCGCACCAAAAGAUCUAUAUAUAGAUAUAUAAAUAUAUAUUUAAAACCGUGAAAAACGUUUGAUAAACAUUUUAAAUAAACGGCAAAUGCCUUGUGCUUUAGUUCGGCCUCAAAGCUAAAUAAAUUGAUUAUGAUAUGAUAUAGGAAUAUUUAUUAACGUAGUUAAAGUAGCUGCAAAACCAAAUAUUCAAUGAAAUGAAAACAAAAAUUGCUUCCACUCAAAGAAAACAAAAUCUAAACAAUGAAAUUGUUAUAAAAGAUAAAUCAAAACUAAUUUUAAACAAGCGAAUAUUGUGAAUAUACCGAAACAAUAUAUAUAUAUAGAUAUAUAUAUAUAUGGAAUGGUCACAAAAUGUGUGCAAUGUACAUAGAGAUAGCGAGUGGGUAUCUUAAGAAAGACUGUAGUUAAUGUUUAAGACACUUUGGCCUGCGCUUUUACCAAUUUUUUGGGGCCCAACUUGGCCCAAACUCUUUGGUUCCAACAAUAUUUUGCAUUGAUCUGCUAGAGCUACAAACAAGUAUAUAGUAAUAAUAUUUCUAACAAUUCGGAAUGUGCACUUAACUAAGCGAAGAUUGAAACUUCAAAUCAGAAAGGCGGCUAAAUCCUAUAUAAAUAGAACGAAGUUAAAUAAGCAAAAGUCUCUCGCCUAAGCCCUGAUCCUAAACUCUUGGCUGUAUUUCUAAUUGUUAUCGCUUCAGGUUGAGGUUUAUUGUUAUAGCGCCAGUCUCCCGUGAGCAAAAUCGCCCCAAAUUACCCAAAACAAAUUAUUUUCUAAUCUUUCUAAUCUUAUUUUCUAACCCAAGCCAGAACUGGAGAAGAUUAGACCUCAACACCCCACAAAAACACCGACAACAAUAAAAUAAAUCUAAGU